AUGGAGUAUAAGCUAACGUCCAUGGCCAUACUAAAAUACGCUAGUCGCCUCAACCUGGGCUGGUCUAAGUCCAUCAAGAAUAAUUCUUUCAAAUUGACCCAUUCAACUGCGCAGAUAAUGGAGGAUCGAUAUAAAAUACCUGUACGCUACGCCCUUUACCAACUCAGGGGUCAAAACAUUUCUCCAAAGCCGAGAUUCCAUGACGACCAAAGAUGA